AUUGAUAUUAAACUACCAAAAAAUCAAUAAUAAUGAACAGUGACAGUGCCUUCCACCAAGCAAUCCUCUGCUUUUAUGAUCCUUGCCAAUCAUGGCCUCUGUAGUAGAAAAAAGUGAACCUCUUCUUCCUUAUCCAGCACAAAGCAGCUCUAAAGAGGUAUAUUUAAAGUAAGUGGUUGAUAAGAAUAUAUGUUUGAUGCUUUAUAGCUUUACUGGAAUCCUAUUCCCUCCAAAUACAGGAAUUGCAUAUCUCUUUUCUUUCUUUUUUGUUCUUCUCCUCCUUAUUUUACAAGUUGACAUUAAGUUGAAGAUCAAGAAGUGAAGCACUCGAGAAUGAAUGAUUGGGCUGCUCCGCUCAUAGCGGCGGCGCUGUUCGCAUUUUUAUCACCAGGAUGGGUGAUUCAAAUUCCAGGGAAGGAGAGGCCUCUUGAUUUCAUGAACAUGAAGACUAGUAUUGCCUCCAUAUUUGUUCACACAGUGAUUUACGGUUUGCUUCUUAUUUUGUUUUUUGUAGUUCUUCAUGUCCAUCUCUAUAUCUAGCUACUUAAUUAAUUAGAGCAGUAAAUAAUAUUCUCUUUAGUUAAUUUCUGCUCAAGCUAGAUAUUUAUUUUUUCUUGUGUUUUAAUCAGAACUAAGUGAAUUCCUCUAAGUUUCUUUAUGGA